GACAGGCCCCCGCGCCGCCGCCGCCGCCGCCGCCGCCGCUGCCGCCGCUUCCUCGUCCGGGGCCUCGCGCCGGCCCCGCGCUCCCCCCCGCGCCCCCGGCCCGGCCCCCGGGGCGCCAUGCCCAGCAAGACCAAGUACAACCUGGUGGACGACGGGCACGACCUGCGGAUCCCGCUGCACAACGACGACGCCUUCCAGCACGGCAUCUGCUUCGAGGCCAAGUACGUGGGGAGCCUGGACGUGCCGAGGCCCAACAGCAGGGUGGAGAUCGUGGCCGCCAUGCGCCGGAUCAGGUACGAGUUCAAGGCCAAGAACAUCAAGAAGAAGAAAGUGAGCAUCAUGGUGUCCGUGGACGGGGUGAAGGUGGUCCUGAAGAAGAAGAAGAAGAAGAAGGAGUGGACGUGGGACGAGAGCAAGAUGCUGGUGAUGCAGGACCCCAUCUACAGGAUCUUCUACGUGUCCCACGACUCGCAGGACCUGAAGAUCUUCAGCUACAUCGCCCGGGACGGCGCCAGCAACACCUUCCGCUGCAAUGUCUUCAAGUCCAAGAAGAAGAGCCAGGCCAUGCGCAUUGUGCGGACGGUGGGCCAAGCCUUCGAGGUCUGCCACAAGCUGAGCCUGCAGCACACGCAGCUGACCGCCGAUGGCCAGGAGGACGGGGACAGCGAGCCUCCCAGCAGCAGCUCCGGGGACACCAGCCGCCAGCUCACCGGGGCCGAGCGGACCUGCCCGGCCGCCGCCGAGGAGACGGACAUCGAUGCUGUGGACGGCCCCGGCCCCGGCAGGGAUGUGAUGGGCUUCAGCCGGGGCGUCACGGACCUGGACGCGGUGGCCACGGAGAGCCCCGCCCUCGACACCAAGGCGUCCCCCAAGGAGACGGUGCUCACGGCGUCGCCCCAGCUGCUGCUGCCCACCGCGGCCGCCCCCUCGCCGGCGGGGACCCCGGGGACCCCGCUGUCCGCCCACCACCAGACGCAGCUCCUCCAGCAGCUCCUGCAGCAGCAGCAGACACAGACGCAAGUGGCCGUGGCCCAGGUGCACCUGCUGAAGGACCAGCUGGCGGCGGAGGCGGCGGCGCGGCUGGAGGCGCAGGCGCGCGUGCACCAGCUGCUGCUGCAGAACAAGGACCUGCUGCAGCACAUCGCGGUGCUGGUGCGCCAGGUGCAGGAGCUGGAGCUGAAGGUGGCAGGCCGGAGCGCCACGGGCUCGCAGGACAGCCUCCUGGAGAUCACCUUCCGGCCCGGCGGCCUGCCCGUGCUCUGUGACCGCGGCACCCCGAAGCCCGAAGAGCUGUGCUCGCCCCCACUGGGCGCCGGCCUGGACCCUCCGCCGGGCAGCCCGCUAGGUAGGCGCGAGCGCUGGGUGCAGCUUGAGUGUUUCCGCUUCCCGCGCGCCCGCGACGGCCCGGGAGGCCGCCAGCCCCCGCUGCCCGGCGGCCUGGAGCUCUUCAAGUUCCGCGAGUCGGGCAUCGCCUCCGAGUACGAGGACGGGUCCACCACGGAGGAGAGCGAGGAACAGGAUGGCUGGUCGCCCGCCGGGCUGCCCCGCCUGCUGCAUGUGCUGCCCCGCCAGGAGCUGGGCGACGGCCUGGACGAUGAGGUGGCCGUGUAGCGGGCGGCUGGGCCCUGGGCAGGUGGCCGCGAGGCCGAGUGGACGCUCCCUGUGGACGGCCAAGUAACGAUGUGCAGGGACCCAGAGGGUCCCCCCGGGGGGCCGGGCUGCAGCGGUGGGGCAGGGGGACAGGGUCCCUCGGGGCCUCCUGGCUGGAGGACCUGCUGCCCCCGCUGGCCAGGCCCGGGGGGGACUCAGCACGUGUCCCCGGCCGUCUCAGGUGCUGCCACCGGGCCGCCCUUUCGGACCCAGAGGGCGGGUGGGGCUCGACCGGGCGGCACAGGGCCGGGGCUCCGUGCUGGACUCACUGGACAGGACAGCACUGCCCCUCUGGUGGCCCUGGAUGACUCAGACUCCCGCCCCCCGCGCUGGCACUGCCCAGGGUGGGACCGCCCGCAGCUGCCCAGUCAUCGUCUGCUCCAGAACUGGCCGCGGGGCGAUUUGCUGGACUCCGAGGGCAGGAGGGGCAGUGAGGGACCCAGAUGCCCGAGCCGUGCCCGUGAGGGGCAGUGGGGUUGCCCCCGGUGCCCCUGGGGACCCCAGCUUUGCUUUCUGAGCCUGAGAUGUUUAGAGGGGAAGGAGCCCAGCUCUCGGGCACCUGGAGAUGGUUGUAUGUGUGUGUGUGUGUGUGUGUGUGUCUGUCUGUCUGUCUGUCUGUCUGUAUGUGUGUCUGUGUGUGUCUCUGUAUCUGUGUCUGAGUGUGUGUCUCUGUGUGUCUAUGUAUGUGUCUGUGUCUCUGUGUGUCUGUGUGUGUCUCUGUAUCUGUGUCUGAGUGUGUUUCUGUGUGUCUAUGUCUCUGUAUGUCUGUGUGUGUCUCUGUGCACACGUGCACAUGUGCAUGGAUGUCUGCACACGUGUGUAUGGAUGUGUGUGCUCGCGCGUGUAUGCAUGUGUACACGUGAACGGCUGUACCUGCAUGCACAUACAUGUGGGAGCGUGUGCACGCUCUGCACACGUAUGUGUGUGCGUGUCUGCACAGGUAUGUGCAUCUGUGUGUAGGGAACUGCUGGAAAUGUGCUGCUGAGUCAGCAGGUGGUCGUGGCCUUGUCCCCCCCCAGCUUUUGGGGGGUUGUGUUGUGCCCUAAGUCGGGGGGCCGGAGGGCCGCAGCCAUGAGAAACGGCCCUCCCGGUGCGGGUGUGGUGUGGGGAGCUGGUUCGCGUGUCCCUCACACAGGUCGCCCCUGUGGUGCCAGGCAGGGUCAGGGGCCAGGGGCCGGGGGCCCGGCUGCUGCCCUGGGGUGUCCGGGGCCAGUGGGUCCCUGUGUGGGAAGAUGGACUGAGGGACUGCAGAGGGGGCGAGGCCAGAGGGGUCUGGCCGCCUCCGAGACUGCUGGUGGGACCCAGGGGAUGGACAUGACUGGGACUUGGGGAGAUGGACAUGGUGACCAGAAUCGGGGAUGGACAGGGUGACCAGGACCCAGGGGAUGGACAGUCACUGGGACCCAGUGGAGAUGGACAGGGUGACCAGGAUCCACUGGGGAUGGACAGUGACCAGGACCCAGGGGAUGGACAUGGUGACGGGACCUGUGAAUGAUAUAGUGACCGGACCCAGGGGAUCGACAGUGACCAGGACCCAGUGGAGAUGGACAGGGUGACCAGAAUCGGGGAUGGACAGGGUGACCAGGACCCAGGGGAUGGACAGUGACCAGGACCCAGUGGGGAUGGACAGUGACCAGGACCCAGUGGAGAUGGACAGGGUGACCAGAAUCGGGGAUGGACAGGGUGACCAGGACCCAGGGGAUGGACAGUGACCAGGACCCAGUGGGGAUGGACAGUGACCAGGACCCAGUGGGGAUGGACAGUGACCAGGACCCAGGGGAUGGACAGGGUGACCAGGACCCAGGGGAUGGACAGUGACCAGGACUCACUGGGGAUGGACAGUGACCAGGACCCAGGGGCUGGACAUGGUGACGGGACCUGUGAAUGAUACAGUGACUGGACCCAGGGGAUCGACAGUGACCAGGACCCAGGGGGUGGACAGGGUGACCAGGACCCAGGGGAUGGACAGUGACCAGGACUCACUGGGGAUGGACAGUGACCAGGACCCAGGGGGUGGACAGGGUGACCGGGACCCACAGGCAGGAAAGAGCGAAUGUCCAGGCCCUGACCUGUCCCCCUACUCUCGGCUCCCGCCCCCUUCCACGCUCUGGGCCCGAGGACAUGAGCCAGGGCCGUCCCGGGGCCCAGCUCGGACCCUGCGCCCUCCCCCGCCUCGCUGCUCCUCUCUCUGCUCUUGCUUGGGCCCCUGGCCCGCUACCUCCCCCCUCCCCGUUCCCAAGUGCCCUUAGCGGGGAGGCCGCUUCGCUCAGUAAUAAACUCUCCUUCCGCAAAGCUC